AACCGAGUCAACCUGAUAUCACCGUUGUAUAUAUUUUUAAUCUAUUUAUAACCUACAGUUUUAUUCCAUUUUAACCAAAGUUACUAGAAGGCGCAGUACUACAAAUAAUAAUGCUCCGCUAUUUACUUGUAUUGUAUUUUUUAAACGUUGUAAUUUGUAAUGCCCCUCCGACGGUUACAUUACCCUCGGGAACCGUGGAAGGUUUUAUAGGAAAAACGGAAAACGGGCAGGAAAUUUUCAAAUUCGAGGGCAUUCCGUACGCCAGGCCCCCAGUCGGCGACUUAAGAUUCGAGGAAUCGGUACCGCCUAAACCUUGGAAAGGAGUAUGGAAAGCCAACACGAUUUUCAAAUGCAUGCAGUACAACCACUACAGUCCUGAAGGUCCCGAAAAAGUACUAGGGGAUGAAGAUUGCUUGUACGUUAACGUUUACACCCCCACGGUAGACACUAAAGCUAAAUUAGACGUGCUAGUGUACAUUCACGGUGGCGCUUUUAUGUUCAAUCACGGCGGGCAAACUCUUCCAGAUAUUGUACUAGAUAGGAACGUAGUUUUUGUAAAUUUAAACUACAGGCUAGGACCGUUAGGAUUCUUGAGUACCGAGGACCAGUAUGUACCAGGAAACAACGGCAUAAAGGACCAGAUGCUAGCCUUGAAGUGGAUCAAGGAUAACGUGGAGAGUUUCGGGGGAAACCCGGAGUCUAUUACUAUAUCAGGAAUGUCCGCAGGAGGAGCUAGCGUACACACGCAUUUAAUAUCUCCCAGAUCGAAAGGUUUGUUUUCGAAGGCGAUAUCUCAAAGCGGGGUGGUCACCAACGCGUGGGUAUUCAUGGAGAACCCGCUCAAUAAAACCCAAACUAUAGCCACCUCUGUGGGUUGUCCUAUAGAUGUUAAAAAGGACAUGAUGAAGUGCCUGAAGUCCAAACCUGCUAGGCAAAUAGCAUACGCCGUCAAAAACUUACAAGUGUGGUUGUACAAUCCGUUCUCACCCUUCGGAUUAGUGGUGGAUAAAUGGGCGAAAAACCCCGUAUUCCCCGAACACCCUUACCAGCUGCUCAAAAAAGGCCUGGUGCAAGAUUUGCCGUGGAUAACAUCCUUUACAUCAUCGGAAGGUUUAUACCCAGCUGCUGAUUUCUAUUUCGAGGAUUAUCUGGAGCACAUCGACCAGCGCUGGAACGAAGUGAUGCCUUACAUAUUACACUACAAUGAAGUUGCCGCGGAUCUCGAUGAUGUUAGUGCGAGAAUUCGAACAGAAUAUUUACAAAACAAACCUGUGUCCAAACAAACCUUCCCACAAUUCGUUGAAAUUCUAAGCGAUAGGUUAUUCAUCGCCGAUAUCGUAGCAGCCACUCGUUUACACGCCAGCGCCAUAAAAUCGCCGGUGUACAGCUAUUUUUUUAAUUACAGAGGCGCCCAUAGUAAAACUGAAGCUAGGAUAUUGUCAACAGAAAACAUAGGGGUUUCUCACGGGGACGAUACUAGUUACGUAUUCAAAACAUUGGACGUUUUGUCUACCAAAGACGACAGGGCGAUGAGCAAGCUGAUGGUAGACAUGUUUGUAUCGUUUAUGAAAACAGGGAAACCUAAUGUAACCGAUGAGUGGGUGCCGCAGUCCAAAAAACAAAGCGACCCGUGGGUGCAGCUUCGCAUAGACAGCCCUUACAAGCUCCACAAAGAGGAGAAAACCAGCCAUUUGGGCAACGCCGAUUUCUGGCACGCUUUACCUCUAAAAGAAAACCACAAUCUGGAGCCGCAAGACGCCAAAGACGAACUCUAAACCACAGAAACUCGCUUUUUUUAUACAUAAAUAAUUACUUUUUAAUAGAAACGCUUCUUCUUUUUGAACAUCUUAACGUGAUUUAUAUUAUCUGCAGUUAUAAAUUAAAUAAAUUAAUAUUCCAUUCACACCGUUAUGCCGACCUCCCCGAGGAUUUCCGUCAAGCGUUCCAGAUGGAUCGUCACCGAGCCCAAUUCUCUAUCCGAUUUGCUCCGGUUCAAUAGCUGGAACGCGUUCAUGUAUUCCAGCUCGGAAAACUCCGGUCCCUUAUCCACUAUACCGUUCAAAAUUUCCUAAAAACAGGAACAUUCUUAACAUGCACAACACAACAAUAGAUAACAAGUAUACCUCGGGUGUUAAAAAGAACAAUUCGAAGUAAUGCCGGGCGUGAUCCAAAGCCAAUUCCCUCGUCAUGGUGAUGUUAGUCAGGGUUUGUUGCAGAGUAAAUAUAUUCCUGCACAUUCUUUGGAUACCUCCUUCGUCUAUAACGUUCAUGUAUUGGGCGGAACUUAUGAGUAUUUUCGCUAUUAGAUGACCCAAUCCUUCGAAUAUAUACUGCAAAAAGUAUACAAUUAAUCGCACAUUAAUCUACCCCUACCUACCCCUUUUCUACCCUUCUCUACUCGUACAUACGAGGGUACGGUAAAAGGUUCUCGGCUUGAAUCAUUUAGACCUUUCUUGAACCUCUUAGAACGUUAAAGAAUCGUUUAGAACUGUCUAUAACCUGAAUAUCGCUGGCUUUCACUUUCGGACCGAUAACUUUUCACCUUAUCCUCGUACCGUCUUCUACCCUACCCUUCCAACCUCCUCCUAUCCUAUACAUACCCCUUUGUAGCUUAUUCUACUCAUCUCUACCCUCUCCUACCUUACCCUACCCUGCGUCUUUUAUAAUGGAUCCAUUGAUAACAUUACCUUGCAUUUCCUGGGAUGCAGGCUAUUCGCCAUGGCCUCGUCCACGUUGGCCAGCACCCGGCUGAGCUCGAGCACCUUGGGAUCGGGCUCGUGCGUCUCCUUGUUGUAGUGCGUCUGCGCCAGCAGGUAGUAGAAACACUGCACGCGCACCUCCAAAUGCAACAGCAAAAGGCACGUGUUGGCUAAUUCGUCGAAUUCCUGCGCGAUGCUCGUGAGAUGCUGCAACGUCGACGCCGACACCGACAGCGGCUGCUCGACGUGAUUGUUAUUGUCUUUAGUUUGUUGCGGCGGCGACAGACCGGACGGCUCUUGCCUGAACUCGCUCGUAUAUUGGAACAUCCGAAC